AAAAGAGAGAGAAGAUCUUCUGCUUGCGGCCGCCGCUAUGACCUCCAAUCGAGCCGUUUGGUGCCAACUUACCAAGUAAACUAAGCGAUUAUUAUUUUCGAUCUUCACUAAUCAGAAACACAGCAGCACGGAGACAACAGGAACCAUGACAGACGAGAUUGUUUUCAGCCCUACGCGGUCGCCCCGGCUGCGGUUCGGGGGAGGCAUUGCGGGGCUUACGGCACUGGGUGACAGGAUGAAUAAGACGCUAGCUGAACUGAAGGAGGGUCGCUUCGACGCCGUGAAAGGCCAUGAAGGCGUGCAAUCUCUGCAGUCAAAACUCAUCCGACUACAGGACCACUUCGACGUAAGUAUAUUUCGUCCCCCAUACUUAGACCUUGGAUUGUUCUUGAGAAACUUUGAUUUACUAGCCUUCAAAGACUGGUCUAGACUGUAGUAGACCUUAAUUUCCACACGAUCGCUCUUCAGGAUAAUAUAGCGGAAGUUCAGCAGAGCAUAGUCGAGCAUGCCGCAUUCUAUGCGACGAGUCCGCAAGUGCUGGGAGGCAUGAUUAAGUUGACAGAGGUUCUUGGUCUCGCCUCCGUCUUGCUCGCGCAGAAAGCCGAGGCAAUACAGGAACUGCUGGAUGCUGACUUGGCGCCGCUGGAGCAACAGUUCCAGCAAACACGCGAUAGAUGGGAACAACUCGAUUAUGGCAUGUACUUUCUGUACUCUUAUAAUAUAUAAGAUCAAUUUGAAUGUGUCAAUGUGUUUCGAGAUUGAUCAUUACUAGAGCACUAGUUCUAGUGGAGUACGACUAGUACUCAUGAUUCUUCUUGGACUCGCUCAUCUAAUAUAUGGAGGAGGUGGGUCACUACCGAACGCAAGUCAGCACAGCGCUUGAGAGAGGCAAUAAAUACGAGACGGAAGUCACGCAGCAUCUAAAGAACGCAAAGGAAAUAAUGCGAAAAAAGCUAGUCGAAGAAGUAGAUAGGAAAGUUGCAGGUACAGGAUAUUGUGCUGGGAGUUUAAUAGUUUUUUAUACUUCUACAACAAAAUGUAAAUGAUUGAGGAAGAAGUGUGACUUAUGACACUGACCAUAGUGAUGAUAACUAAAACAGAUGUGACGUCAAGAAAUCGAGAGUUGCAGCGACAGGUGAAACAACUUGAAUUUCAAUUGAAGCGGCAUCAGACAGCAAAAGCGAUGGGUUCAUCGACAGUGAUAACGAAAGCGCAUGGCUCAGGACCGGUAUUUGUUUUUGUUGGUUAUGCUGCUGAGUUAUGUGUCUGAGUUUGCUGCAGAAAGAAAAGUGCAGCAAGCGAUGAUGCUGAUGAUUAGUUCUGAGCUUGUUGACUGGUUCUGAGCUUGGAAAUGCCACCUUUCAUCAGCUCCGGUUGUAUUGAAUAAUAGAAAUUACUCGUGACUUCCACCAUACACAGCCGGACAGCGCAGCCUUGCGAGGAAUUGAGAUGGUGGAUAAAGUUAACGAACUAGAAUCCCUGCUCGACACGGAGAAAGGUCAGAUGCUAACACCAAUGAUCAAGGAUGCAUGUAAUUAUUUGCGGACACUCUUAGCGAUGAAAGAUGACGAUGCAGGUGGAAAAAGUGCCGCUUCGUCAGCAUCAAACGCUGUAAUUCAAUUUGAUGAACGGAAACUCGCUGAUUUGUUUAGACUUAGACACGCCAUACCCUUCGACCAUUAUGCAGAUUGGAAGAUUGUGCUACGAUUCCUGAGUAAAAAGACAUUCAAAUUUCUUCUCCGUGUUUUCAGAAAGCGAGAGCAACAAGUAGUAAGGGACAGGCGCCUCUGUUUUAUAGCGACGGUGAAUUAUCGCCAGAGAGGGCAGGAAUCACACAACUGCUCGACGAUAGUAGUAUAAGGCCGCCACCGGUUAUGCUGCGGCCUGGAGGAGGUGUGUCUAUUAUGCCAGGAGAGUGGUCCCCAGUAAAGUAUUCCCUGUAACGCAUGUAGUAGACCUGAAAUUUCUAGUGUUUAUGCGUCGUCAAUUUUUUUUUUUGCGUUAAACCUUUUUCUAGAAAGAAGUCAAUUCUAAUAGUUCGAACAAAGUCAGAUUCUAAUUCUAAGUGAUACAACAUAGAUGCUUGUCUGACUUACUAAAAGAACAUAUGAUCGCAGUGCCUCUUAUACUGAAUGAACCCAUUUUCAUACCAUCAAAGAGCUCCUCGGUUUCGCACAAUCCGACGAAUGUGAUAAUGCAGCAUUAUUACAACGGUGCUGGAGGAAGUUCAAGCAGCUCGAAAAUGAUAGACCCGCAGCCAGAUGAUUUGAGGCAUCCAGAGCAGGGAUAUUCUGAUUAUGGCGGUGACACAGCCGUUACAUGAUAGAUUGAUUGGGUAUAUCAACAUCAUCACUAAGCAGCUGCGAAAAUAACCGGUUAAUCUUCCUUCGUCUGACUACUUAAUUACCUGCGCAUCGAUCGGCUUCUUGUGUUGUCAGAUCCCCAGGGGGCGUCUGUACCUUGAGACGGCCAUGUGGCCACUUCACGUUGUAUUAAUAGUUCGACUUCUCACGAACCCAGGUGAUUCACUUUUCCUGUUUGAUUUUUCUAUUCUACCAAAAAGUUCAUAGUGUGCAGCAGCAUUCAGGCUACGGCAGCGGGCCGGGCGGACACAGUUUCAGUUCUCAGUUCGAAAGUCAGCAUCAUUCGGCGCAGCUAGGCUCGCCAGCUGGCUCGAGUGUUUAUUCACAGUCGCUACGUGUCGGCGCACCGUCUGGCGAUUAUCACCGCGCUCUAGGGGUCGACCGCUAUGCACAAGCAGCAAGCGAAGAAGAAAGUGUCUUUUCGGCACCGAGGCUAGGUUAGUAGUCACGUUGAUGUCGGAAUUAGAAGAGAACUCCUUGUGUGAAGACGCAAAAAAAUGCUUCUGUAAUCGAUACGUAGCAGCUUAUUAUGCAACUCAUUUAGACGGAAGUUCAAGUCGAUUCUAGUCACCAUUGCAAGGUACUCGGCUUAUACUAUCUACUUGCAUUGUUGAUCAAGGAGAAUUAUACCAUAUAGCUUUCGGCGUUUUUUUUCAUAUUUGAGAUGAUAGCUCCUUCGUAGACCUAUGAUUACAAGCAGCAGUCCUGCACUGUAGCAGGAUUUAUUUGAUAUGCUGCCCUUAUACUGUUUCAUUUUUCCUAUGAUCGAACUCUCAUCGACAAAGUCGCUCUCUUCGAAAACUACAUACACCAUUGCGCACAUUGUUGUUCGAGUUCCUCCUUAAAUCUAAUGACGAGCCCCAGACAUCGGCACUGUUUUGGUUUUAGAAAACAAGACACCGCAGGAGAAGGAGGACUGCUCUCUAGUUUGCCGUCAGCAUGAUAGAUAAAUCAAGCAUCAGCGCUGGGAUGUGACAGACAUGUCUGGACAA